AUGGCAAGAAAGUGGCAAAAGCUAGCCGCAGCUAGCAGAAAGAGAAUAUCAUGGCCAGCAUCAAAAGUUGCGGAUAAGGGUCAUUUCAUCGUUUACACAAUAGAUGGUGAAAGAUUUAUGAUUCCCUUAUCGUUUCUCAAGAGCGAUUUUGUUACACAGCUCUUUCAAAUGGCAGAAGAAGAGUUUGGAUUAAGUGAUGGGCAUAUUACAUUACCAUGUGAUUCUACUUUCAUGAAGUACGCCAUCUCUAUUCUCCAAAGACAUACAGCCAAGGAUUUUGAGAAAGCACUGAUCUUGUCCUUGAGUAAUACCUGCCACUCAACAUCAUUGUCGUGUUUACAGCAACAGCAGAAUAGCCAGCAUUUAUUAAUUCACAGCUUCUAG